AUGACACAGAGGCAGCAUUGCACCAGGUGGCCCCUCAUAACCUCUGUGUGCUGCCACCACGGCCUUAGCUGCCUGGGUGAACAUGAAUCUAAGGAUGGCAGUGCUGGUAUAAAGGAGGUGAAAAGGCCCAGACCCCCGCACCUUAUAUUUAUCAUGGUGGAUGACCAGGGUUACGGAGACAUUGGCUACCAUGGCUCAGACAUCCACACUCCUGUGUUGGACCAGCUGGCAGCCGAGGGGGUCAAACUUGAAAAUUACUAUGUCCAGCCUAUCUGCUCCCCCUCUCGCAGUCAGCUCAUGACAGGCCGCUACCAGAUUCACACAGGACUCCAGCAUUCGAUUAUCCGGUCACGUCAACCCCUCUGCCUGCCUCCGGACAUCCCCACCCUACCAGAGAGUCUGCUUGCAGCUGGUUACGCCACACACAUGGUUGGGAAAUGGCACCUGGGCUUCUGCAGGCCGAGCUGCCUGCCAACAGGACGUGGCUUUCAGAGUUUCCUGGGCACACUGACCGGCAGUGGAGACCACUUCUCCUAUCGGAGCUGUGACGGGGCUGAAGCUUGUGGAUUUGACCUGCAUGACGGAGACAGGCCUGCCUGGGAGAUGACUGGCAACUACUCCACUCUGCUCUAUAUAGAGAGAGUGAAGCAGAUCCUGAGGAGCCACGAUCCCCAUAAACCACUCUUCCUGUACCUGUCCCUUCAGGCCGCUCAUACACCCCUGCAGGUACCGCACCAUUUUCUGCAGUACUAUAAUUCCCAGGGCAAUCGCCUUAGGCGCCACUACGCAGCCAUGCUGAGCUGCCUGGAUGAUGGUGUUGGACAAGUGGUCCAGGAAUUGAAGAUUAGUGGGCUCUAUCAAAAUUCUGUAGUGAUCUACUCAUCUGAUAAUGGUGGGCAGCCACUUUCUGGUGGGAGCAACUGGCCAUUGAGAGGUGGAAAAGGGACCUAUUGGGAAGGGGGCAUCCGGGCUGUCGGCUUUGUCCAUAGCCCCCUCCUGAAGAAGAAAGGUGUAGUCAGCAGAGCCCUGAUCCACGUUUCUGACUGGUAUCCAACAUUACUGGGUCUGGCUGGAGCCCUGCAGUCCCACAGUGACUUAGACGGUCAGGAUGUGUGGCUGACCAUCAGUGAAGGCCUUGCCUGUCCUCGCACCGAAAUCCUUUUCAAUAUUGACCCAGUCUCCAGGAAGCCUGAGGAACCAUAUGACAAGGCGUUGGUUCUCAAUGGAUUUGGGAUCUGGGACACAGCCGUAAGGGCAGCAAUAAGGUCUGGGGACUGGAAGCUAUUGACAGGAAAUGUGGGUGACGGGGAUUGGAUACCACCACAGGCUCUCCCCGGUGGUCCAGAACGGUGGCAGAAACUUGAGAAGCGCCGUAAUGAGCUAGGGAAGUCAGUUUGGCUGUUUAAUGUCACCUCUGACCCCUAUGAGAGGUCAGACCUGGCAGAAGCUCGUCCAGAGGUAGUGAAACAUCUGCUGACCAGGCUGGCAGAGUACAACCAGACAGCUGUGAUGCCCAGGAAUCCCCCAGAUGAUCCGAUGGCUGACCCUGAGCUCCAUGGAGGGGUGUGGAGCCCCUGGCUGGGUGUGGAAGGACAGGAUGGUGGUAAUGGAGAGGAGACUGGCAGGAAAGAAAGGAUGAUAAAGAUUAAGCACUGCAAAGUAUGCAAAUUAAAAGCCCUCUUUAAGAAGGUGGGUUCACGCCUGCAGAGGAACACCCUGUUCUUCUAAGUGUCUCAUCUAGUAACAUAACACUAAAGGGUUCAGUUUGCUUCAAAUUAACUAGGUUGUACAUAGUGUCGUUUGAACCAAAGACAUAAAAAUAUUGGUACUGUAUAAUAGUUCGGUAUUCUUCAUUGCUGUCUUGGUUUAUGGCCGUUACCAUAUUGGUUUUCAUAUAAAACAUAUCAGAAGCCAGAAUGAUGCUUUGUCAUCACAUAACACGAUCAGUAUUCAAAAUGAACAGCCAACUCCUUAGUGUCUUUUAGACCACCCAAACAAUGAACAACACAUUUUUCAGUGACCAAAAUAUUAGUUAACUUUAAACUGUAAAUCUCAAGGUAGCCCUGCCCUAAAGCAUACACUGCUUUUUCACUUAUUCACUUAUUGCUGAAUGGGACCAUCAUUAGCAAAACGAAUAUCAUGCUGUAUUAAAGAAGACUUGAAACUAGCAUUGGAGACCAUGAGGGCAGAUUCAGACACUGUUUCAUCAUCUGACAAGGAAUUAAUUUGAAGCAUACUGACACCUCAACCAGGAGGAAGUAUAAGGGAAAGUGAGAUUAAGACAAGCAGAAACGAGGACCAGCAGACAUGCAACCAGGUCAGAUAGACUAGAUAGAGCCACAAUCAAAUACGGAAAGUCUGCAGAUAAACAGGCAGUCUGAUAGAAAAGCAGACAGGGCUGUGCGGCCGGCUGAGCAAGCUGACUCACUCACUGUCCUGCAGCCAAACUGCAGCAGGGUGACUUUGGGCCAUCGUUGGAUUGCGUAGGGACUAGGGAGCAAUGUGUGUGUCACUGUGCAUGUAUGCCU